AUGGAUCCAUCAUUUGAAAUGUUCAAUCGUUCGUCAUAUAUUCCAAUCUAUUCAUAUCCAUUAUCUGUUCCAUCGGAAAUUUCAUCAUUCAAUUCGAUAUCAUUUCAAUCUAAUAAUAAUAUUACAACUAAUGAUUAUUCAUCAUAUUAUCCUGACAAUAUAUCAACAUAUCCAUCAAAUGUCUAUACAAAUUCGAGGUCUCCUCAUUCUCCUAUUAAUCAAUCAAACAUUUCGAAUAUUGAUAUAUCGAUUGAUCGAUGUAAUAAUAAUAAUAAUAAUAGUUCAUUAUCAUUAUUAAAUUCUCGUAGUGAUCAUUGUCUUGUAUGUAAUGAUCGUGCAUCUGGAAUACAUUUUGGUGUAUCAACAUGUGAAGCAUGUAAAGCAUUUUUUCGUCGUACUAGUCUUUUAUCAUAUACAAUUCCACAACCAUGUUCACCAAUACGAUGUGAAAUAAAUACAAAAAAUCGUAAUAAUUGUCCUAGUUGUCGUUUUGAUAAAUGUAAACGUCUUGGAAUGGAUCGAAAUAAUGUUAUUUAUGGAAAACCAUCUAAACAACAAAUUCAUUCAUAUUAUCAUCAAGAUUAUUUUAUUGAACAAUUAACAGAUAUAUCAAAUGAAUUAAUAAAAAUUUUUCAAAAUAUUCAUUCAAUAUAUCAAAUAUCAUUAUUAAAUUCAUUUGAAACUAAACAACAAAUAGAUCAUUUUACACAAAUUCUAUUUCAACUUUUUUAUGAACAAACAUUACAAAUUCAUAAUAUAAAUCCAUCUGAUAUUGUACAUCGAAUUUUUAUUCUUAUUUUUGAUUCUUAUAAAAAUAAUCUUAUAUCUGAUUAUUAUUUUAUUCAAUAUAUUAAUAUACGAGCAAUACUUUCUCUAUGGUUAUUUGUUUAUUAUAUUGAAACAUAUUUAUUAAAACAAAAAAUUUCACAAGAAAAAUUAAAUAUAUUAAUUAAAUUACUUGAUAUGGAAUUGAUUAAAAUUAAUGAAUAUUAUUGUCAAGAUCAAAAUAAACAAAAAAUUUUUAAAAUACAUUUUAUUAAUACAUUUACAAUAUUUGCUGAUCAUCUUCAAGAAAUUCAUUCAGAUCAAUAA